AUGACGGCACAACAGAUCCUGAAUACCGCCUGGGGUGUGAUACCUCACUUCCCCAGCAGCUCGGUUCGUCGAACUGUCAAAUUCUACACCGAAGAUCUCCACUUCAAACUUGGUGGUAUUGAUCCUGAAAAUGCUGAUGAGCCGAAUAUGUGCUCAGUCGGCAUUGGUAUCGGAGCAAUGAAGGGCAACAUCUACCUCUUCCAGACUAAGGACGGUGAAACAUUUCAUCCAGCCACAGCCAUGAUAGCGUUGGGCACGGAAGCUGUUGACGAAUACUAUGAUUUACUAAAGAAAGAGGGCAGAGUUAACAUAGUCGACGCAAUCAAAGACCAGCCCUGGGGCUAUCGACAAUUUACCAUCGAAGACCCCGAUGGAAAUAAGUUGCAGUUCUUCCGAUUUCUGGAAGGCGGAAACCCGGGAGAUGGCACUGAAUAA